UUUUUGGAUUUAUCGUACAUCAUAACACACGAAAAGUAUGAGUGGUAAUUAGGUAUUAGAAUAGGGGUGUCUUUUUAUUAUGGAACAUGUCACUCUAAAAAAUGACCUCAAACAGAAAGGACUAGUAAAUGCGCACACUAAAACCAGAAUUCGUGUUUGUUACAAUCGGUAUUUUCAACACCGGAAGUAAACAAUCUUUGUGACUCUCUUGAUAAACCCGGUAAAUACAGUGUCAGCAGAAAUAGUAUUUCCCUGUCAUUGAGUAUAUAUGCCAUGAUUAGGAGCUCAACCAGACCCUUUUAUAUUCACAUUUGGCACGAUCGCUACCACUAAGAUAGUAUAAGGACCCAAUGCCAAUGACAAGUUGUAAAGAAAUUUACAGAUGACUCAAAAGAGUUAAAUUUUCCGGGGCCUCAACAAUUCAAAAGUGGUGAAGAUAAGUGUUUUCAUCAUGAGCAAGAGAAAAGGUAAUAUACCCCAGAAAGUUGAUGAAGAAAAGCGAAAAUGUCUCAGCUGGAACAUGAUGGAUGGUGUUGAAGAUCCACAUGGUUCAAGUGCUAUUUUUGGCGAUGGUCAAUCGGAAAUACUGCCACAACAUUCUUUUGAAGAUGGCUUGCCUGAUAUAGCACAAGAAAUAACUCUUGGGAAUGAGGAGAUUUGUGUAAAAGACUCUUUUUCAUACACUGAACACCUAUUUUAUUUCCAUUUGGACUACUGUUCCUUUUUUGUCAGCAUUAUGGACAGAUUACACACCAAAGAUGGCAACUGGUCAUGUGAAAUUGGCAGAUUUGAGCUUCAAGUGCAACCAGAGCCAAGUUGCUUUUCUCUAAUGAAAGGGUUCUUGCCUCAAUGUGAAGAAUGCUGGUUGUAUGUGGCAGAUCCUGGUCACAGAAACAUGUUGUACUUUGAACUUGAUGAUAAUGAUGAGAACUUAAACUCAAAUGGACUUGCGAAAAGGAACAAGAAGUACCCUCAGUUCUGGUUUGCAAGUGUGUCAUUGCCCACAGUGUGCCUGAAGGCUUUGCAGGUCAAGGCAUAUCAGAUGGUACGAGGAAAGUUUGAUCCUGCAAGCAAGGUUCUUGAAGUAAUCAUUUAUGCCAAGGAAACAGUCCUGAUGAAACCACAGUUUCCUAGUGAAAAUAUUCGCCCAAAUAAGAUUACCAGAGCUACAACAGUACUUAUGGGUCACUUCUAUGGCUUUGAACCAGAUUUCAACUUUGAUGGCUUGUCCAGGACCGAAAAAUAUGACUUUGAUAAGUUAUUUGAAGGUGUGAAGAAGUGCCACAUUGAAAGGAUAAAGUCUCUGUGUGUAGACGUGCAGCACCCAUGCCUGAAGCCAGUGUUAAGACAAUAUCAGAGACAGGCUGUGACUUGGAUGCUGAGUCAGGAGAGAUACCAUGAUGGUACAACACCCACUCCUGCACACACAGGACCUGCUUUACAUUUUCUGUAUGCUGAGGUUACAAUGAAGGAUGGGAAAGUUUUGUACUACAACAAACACAAUGGAGUGCUUGUUAUGAAACAACCCCUUAUGAGCAGCUGGCCUCCCGGUGGGCUUCUUGCAGAUGAAAUGGGCCUUGGGAAAACAGUGGAGGUACUCAGCUGUGUUCUCCUGCAUCCUCGCACCAGUCUGCCGCGCCCACAGAAACUGUCUUUCUCAUGUGAUCAGGAGGAGAUCACUACACUGGAACACAGUAAAAUUGGAUUGCACAAUUUUAGGACUGAUCCUCCAUCAGUUGGUUGUCAUCAGGACAACCAGAACACAGAACUGACAUUGGUCACCAUGAGUGACAAUCCUACAUCAGUUGGUAGUCAUCAGGACAACCAGAACACAGAACUGACAUCGGUCACCAUGAGUGACAAUCCUACAUCAGUUGGUAGUCAUCAGGACAACCAGAACACAGAACUGACAUCGGUCACCAUGAGUGACAAUCCUACAUCAGUUGGUAGUCAUUGGGAUAACCAGAACACAGAACUGACAUCGGUCACCAUGAGUGACAAUCCUACAUCAGUUGGUAGUCAUUGGGAUAACCAGAACACAGAACUGACAUCGGUCACCAUGAGUGACAAUCCUACAUCAGUUAGUAGUCAUCAGGACAACCAGAACACAGAACUGACAUUGGUCACCAUGAGUGACAAUCCUACAUCAGUUGGUAGUCAUCAGGACAACCAGAACACAGAACUGACAUCGGUCACCAUGAGUGACAAUCCUACAUCAGUUGGUAGUCAUCAGGACAACCAGAACACAGAACUGACACCGGUCACCAUGAGUGACAAUCCUACAUCAGUUGGUAGUCAUCAGGACAACCAGAACACAGAACUGACAUCGGUCACCAUGAGUGACAAUCCUACAUCAGUUGGUAGUCAUUGGGAUAACCAGAACACAGAACUGACAUCGGUCACCAUGAGUGACAAUCCUACAUCAGUUGGUAGUCAUCAGGACAACCAGAACACAGAACUGACAUCAGUCACAAUGAGUGACAAUCCUCCAUCAGUUGGUAGUCAUCAGUACAUCCAGAACACAGAACUGAUGUCAGGCAUCAGCAGUGGCUGUAUGAAGGCUAUGGAUGAAAAUACGAAACCUAAGGUUCUGGUUUUAUCUACACAUAUCUGUGAAGUUAGUGAACAUGAAAAAGGCAGUAACUCAUCCAUUCACAAUUUAAAGAGCAUGUCAAAUGAAGAUGUGAUUUGUGACAUGAACUGUCAUGAUUCUGGUGCCUUAUCUUCCAAUGAAUCUGAUGUACAAAGCAUUGGGCUGCCAGGACAACCUACAGCAGACAAAGUGUUACGAAGGCGCAAGAACAAAAGGUUAACUUUUGGCAAAAAGAAAAGGAUGAUGAUAACAGCAGAUGUUGCAAGGAAAACUAAAGCCCUGAACAAGUCAGGGAAGAGCGAGAAAAACAUGAAAUUUCACAUUCUAGUUGAGGAGAAUGGUUUUAAACCAGCCACCUUUUUCAUUAAUACGCACAUCAGUCAGAAACAGUGGUUUGAAUGUGUUUGUGGAGGUGAUACAAAUGACAGACGAAGCAAGAAAAAGAAGCUGACUAAUGUGCAGUGUGUUGUCUGUGGCCUAUGGCAACAUGCACAGUGUCUGCACUAUGACCUCAACAACGCCUACCGGGGAUGCUAUAAGUGCCCACACUGCCAUGUAUCGUCAUCCCCAAUUCCGUCAGGUGCCACUCUGAUUAUCUCCCCUUUUUCCAUCUGCCACCAGUGGAAGGAGGAGAUCAAGAAACAUGUCCGACAAGAGACACUCCAUGUGUUUGUGUACACUGGAGUGAGCAAGCAAGGCUUCAUACAGCCGCAGACACUGGCUGAUUGUGAUGUAGUCAUCACCACAUAUGAAACACUCAGGAAGGAAAUUGAUUAUGUGGAUUUACCACACAGUAACAGCUCUGCUGGACGAAGGUUCCGGCAUAGGAAACGAUUCAUGGCCAUUCCAAGUCCAAUCAUAGCUGUGGAAUGGUGGAGAAUAUGUCUUGAUGAAGCACAGAUGGUCGAGUGCACAACAACUAAGACUGCAGAAAUGGCCUUACGUCUGAGUGGUGUUAAUCGUUGGUGUGUCACUGGUACUCCAAUACAGAAGAGUGUACAAGAUUUGUAUGGCCUGCUGCUGUUUCUUGGUAUGGACCCUUACUGGGUACAACUGUGGUGGAACAGGUUGCUGUACCAGCCAUUCAGCUAUGGCAUCACUCAGCCCAUGUAUGACACCCUGUCACAGGCACUGUGGCGCACAGCCAAAAGAGAUGUGUUAGAUCAGAUUCAGUUGCCCCCUCAGAGUCAGGCCGUACACUGGCUGACCUUCUCCCCGGUGGAAGAUCACUUCUAUCGCCGACAGUACCGUGACUGUGCCAAGGAGGCAGCUCAGAAAUUGUGCAAGUGGACCGACAGCAGUGUUAAACUGAGCAGCAUGGACAGACACACUAUGAGCCAGUUGAUGCAGCCCUUGCUGCGUCUUAGACAAGCAUGUUGUCAUCCACAAGCAGUGCGUGGGGAGUUCCUCCCAAUACAUAAAAAUACUAUGACCAUGGAGGAACUGUUGGAAUCCCUGACCAGGAAGGCUAAGCUAGAGAGUGAAGAGGCUCACAGACAAUUAAUUGCUGCCUUGAAUGGACUGGCAGCGUUAUGCAUCAUCAAGGAGGAGUACAGUGAAGCAGUGUUGAACUACCGCUGUGUGCUGCGGUCAGUGACAGAGCAUGAAGGUCGCCUGAAGACAGAUGACUUACAGCAGCUUCAUGCCCUCCACAACCUUCACGAGAUCCUUAUGAUAAAGCCAGCCAAUGUUCACCCUACACUCAGGGACCAUCAACUCCAUGAACAGGCCAAUGAUCUGCGUACUAAGUACAUGUUGAAGGCUGAAAACAAGGUGGCAACUGCCCAAGAGGCACUUGGGACAGCACAGUGCAGUGUGAAGGACACCAGUGAUGAGUAUGGACAUGAGGGAGAGUGGUGGGCUCAAAUGCUGGAAUUAAUGGUACAGCGGGAACUAGGUGGAGACUUGGUACUGAAAGUUAGAGAUGACAUUGAAGGUCAUGCAAACCCUGGUGUGGGAAUAUCAAUGGCCUCAAGUUUUCGCAACAUACAAGGAUUGGAGUAUUGCAUCUAUACUCAGCUCUCUGCCAUGAAAAGUGCAAGAGAAAAGUUGGUGAAAGCUGUGAAGAAAAUAAGAGGGAAGCCAACCAUGGAUGCUGUCAGUGAGACAGUGGGAUGCUGUUUGCGCCCAGCCAAAGAAACUCUUAGGAUAUGCCCUUUCUGUAAGACAGAUGAGCUGUUUAAUGCUUAUGAGGCAAAGAUUUUCUCCUUUAGGGAAAGGGGUAUUGUAAGCAUGAAUGAAGGUCAAGAAAUGGUGCAUCAAGUGAACACCAAGCGCCAGGGGACGUGGGCUGAUAGUGAUGUGGAAAAGACUCUAAAGAGCAUCCUUAACUUCUGCAGACACCAUGGUGUGCCACAUCAGAAGAAGAACUUGCUUGAUGCAGGAGCUACACACAUACGUCACUUGGAGGCACUGAAAAAGGAAUUCAAGCCUCUGAGAGCAGUAUGGCUUGCAGCCAGAGAACAGGUGUCAGCAGUAGAUGAACUUGACAUGGCGACAACCCGACUUCGUGUCCGCCUGCAGGAUGAACCUCAGUCAGAGAUCCCUCAGCCAAAUGUAAUAGAGAGAGGACAGGUGGCAGUGCACAGGAUGCGCCUGGUUGGAGACAAGGCUAAUGCAGAGGUGGAGCUGAGGAAGAAACUUGGACAACUGCUGUACCUAACCAAUUUGGCAAAGUCUCAGGAAGGGAAGGAUGGAAAUGGCUCCAACCCUGAUCCCUGCCCUAUAUGUCAGAAAGCCCUUGGGGUAGAAUGGAGUGUUCUGCUGUGUGGUCACUGCUACUGCCUGGACUGUAUACGGAUUAUGGUGGAACAAUACAGCUUUGGGGGGCGCAAUCGUUCACUGAAGUGUGCCCUGUGUCGCCAGGCAACACAUCAUUCCGACAUCUCAUAUGUCAGUACAAAGAAAUCAGCUGAGGAAGAAGAAGAAGAUACAAUAGUAAUAGGCAGCCACUCGACCAAGGUAAAGGCAGUUGUCAGUUGUAUCAAGAAAGUGUGCAAGGAAGACCCAAAAGCCAAAGCUCUUAUCUUCUCAAUGUGGCAUGAUGUGCUGGAUGUAAUAGCCAAGGGUUUACAGCAAAACAACUUAGCUUUCAGAUCCCUUCACAUCGCUGGAAAGUUUCAGCAAAACCUCAGAGGAUUUAAAGAAGAUGUGAAUAUAACUUGUCUGCUGAUACCCCUGCACUUGGGUUCAAAAGGGUUAAAUCUUAUAGAGGCUACUCAUGUUUUGCUGGUUGAACCUAUUCUCAAUCCAGCUGAGGAACUGCAGGCUAUUGGCAGAGUUCAUAGGAUAGGCCAGACAAAGCCCACACAUAUUCACAAGUUUCUGGUUCGUGGAACUAUUGAACAAAGAAUCAACAACAUGGUCAAGUCAAUGUCAACUUCCGAUUCAACUUAUGAUGGUGAAGAUCAUACGAUGACAAUUGGGGACUUAGCAGCACUUUUUGCUGAGGUAAACACAGAUGGAGUUACAGAGAAUCCACAAUUGUCUUUUAUGGAUGAAGGCAGCUUUCCAGGCACAAAUGAACCAAUACUAAGAACCAGCAAUGAGUUUGGAGGCCUGGUUUCAGUCACAGGCUCUAUGAUGAAUGACCCAUUUCCGUGCAGAAGCUCUAUGAUGAAUUACCCACUUCCUCACACAAGCUCUAUGAUGAAUGACCCACUUCUUGGCAAAAGCACUAUGAUGAAUGACCCACUUCCUGGCACAAGUUCUAUGAUGAAUGACCCACUUCCUGGUACAAGCUCUAUGAUGAAUGACCCACUUCCUCACACGAGCUCUAUGAUGAAUGACCCACUUCCUGGCAAAAGCACUAUGAUAAAUGACCAACUUCCUGACACAAGGUCUAUGAUGGAUGACCCACUUCCUGGCACAAGGUCUAUGAUGGAUGACCCACUUCCUGACACAAGGUCUAUGAUGGAUGACCCACUUCCUGGCACAAGCUCUAUGAUGGAUGACCCACUUCCUGGCACAAGCUCUAUGAUGGAUGACCCACUUCCUCCAACCCGAACAGAUGAUCCAGUUGCUUAAACCAAACAUGUAAUAGAUGACAUGCCUGGAUGCAGCACCAUGUUGGAUGACCCAGUUCCUGAAACAAACAUCAGAGUAGAUGAAACAACUUUCUGGAACAAGCAGUGUUGUAGACGACAAAGUUCCUAAACCAAUCACCAUAGUAGAUGACCCUGUUCCUGAAACAAGCACCACAGAACAGAUGACCCAGUUCCUGAAACAAAUCACCAUUCUAGAUGACCCUGUUCUUGAUACAAGCACUAUAGUAGAUGCCCAGUUCCUAAAAAACAAUCACCAUACUAGAUGCCCAAGUCCCUGAAACAAUCACCAUAGUAGAUGACCCCGUUCCUAAAACAAGCACCAUAAUAGAUGACUCCAUUCCUGAAACAAGCACCAUAGUAGAUGAUCCUGUUCCUGAUACAAGCACCAUAAUAGAAGCCCCAGUUCCUGAAACAAGCACCAUUGUAGCUGACCCUGUUCCUGAAACAAGCACCAUUGUAGAUGACCCUGCUCCUGAAACAAGCACCAUUGUAGCUGACCCUGUUCCUGAAACAAGCACCAUAGUAGAUGAUCCUGUUCCUGAUACAAGCACCAUAAUAGAAGCCCCAGUUCCUGAAACAAGCACCAUUGUAGCUGACCCUGUUCCUGAAACAAGCACCAUUGUAGAUGACCCUGCUCCUGAAACAAGCACCAUUGUAGAUGACCCUGUUCCUGAAACAAACACCAUAGUAGAUGACCCUGUUCCUGAUACAAGCAACAUAAUAGAAGCCCCAGUUCCUGAAACAAGCACCAUAAUAGAUGCCCUGGUUACUGAAACACGCACUAUUGUAGAUGACCCCUUUCCUGAAACAAGUACCAUACGAGAUGACCCCGCUCCCGAAACAAUCACCAUAUUAGAUGCCUCAGAUCCUGAAACAAUUACCAUUGUAGAUGACCCUGUUCAUGAUACAAGCACUAUGAUAGAUGCCCCAGUUCCUGAAACAGGCAUCAUACGAGAUGACCCCGCUCCCGAAACAAUCACCAUAUUAGAUGCCCCAGAUCCUGAAACAAUUACCAUUGUAGAUGACCCUGUUCAUGAUACAAGCACCAUAAUAUAUGACCCAGUUCCCGAAACAGGCAUCAUAAUAGAUGACCCUGUUCCUAAAACAAGCACCACAGCAGAUGACCCUGUUCCUGAAACAAGUACCAUAAUAGAUGCCCCAGUUCCUGAAACAAGCAUCGUAAUAGAUGCCCCAGUUACAAAAAACAAUCACCAUUGUUGCUGACCCUGUUCCUGAAACAAGCACCAUUGUAGAUGCCCCAGUUCCUAAAAAAACAAGCACCAUUGUAGAUGCCCCAGUUCCUAAAAAAACAAGCACCAUUGUAGAUGACCCUGUUCCUGAAACAAGCACCAUAGUAGAUGGCCUCGUUCCUGAAACAAUCAUCAUAGUAGAUGACCCUGUUCCUGAAACAAUCAUCAUAGUAGAUGAUCCCAUUCCUGAAACAAGCACCAUAGGAGAUGCCCCAGUUCCUGCAAAAAGCACCAUAAUAGAUGCCCCUGUUCCUGAAACACCAACUAUGCUUCAGUUCCUGAAAUAAUCACCGAAGUUGAGGUUCCUGAAGCAAACAGUGUGGUGGAUGACCACAUGCUGGAUGCUGUCCAGACUCCAGACGUGCAACCAUUGUGAACCAUUAUCAAACUGAAAAUCAGGGAUAAAUAACUGUUACUAUGAGAUUCUUCUGACAUUCAAUGGAAUGGUUGGAGAUAUUGUUUUGUUUCCAUAUGUACUGAUCAUUUGUGGGGUUUUUUGUCACAAGUUGUUUUCCAUCCUUAGAAAGAUAUUAGGCUUUUGUUGUAAAUAAUUAUAUGUAAGUAUAUAAAUGCUAGCAGCUGAUCAGAUGUUCCAUUGAUACUAAAUUGUUGAAUUGGCACAAAUUGAUAAUUAAAAUGUGAUGAAAUAAAAUUUUGUUUGCCA